AUGGACAGAAGGAUUGUCGACGCUGACAGUUAUGCGUUGUGCGACUGGAGAAGGCUAUAUUGGUUCCAUCCCAGACCGGAUCCGAGAGCUGCUCCUGCCCUCCGCUGCUGUUUUGGCUGCUUCCGCUGGUCCUCGGCCUCCUGUGUCAGCACGUCGCCGCCAGUGACCGCCCCGUGUGACGCGCAAUCAACUCGAGCACCGCCUGGACGAGGCACUGGACAACCUAGCGGACUUUCCGCGCUCGACACCAGGGGAUCGUCAUGCUAUGAGAAAGGCGAGACGACGUGCUGGAAGUGUUUGUGCUUCGGUGGACAAGAAGCAACUGCGUCAAGCGUUCGCUCAGGACGAUGCCACGUGCUUGUGGAAGAUUUUGCAGAGUGCGUUGCGGGGUCAGCGGUGGAGGAACACUCCGAGUCGUGCCCAAUCGGCCGCGAGGAACUCCACCGUUACUUCACAGGCACCAGCACGGCUCCUGCGACGUUCGACUACACGUCGACGUCUGGCCAAGUGUUCCGUGCAGCGCUUUACACCUUCCAGCCUUCCGCUUCGGCCCUUGAUGCGUUCGCGGGUGACCUGCUCAUCGAUGAAGUGAAAGUACUGCUUUCGCGCGCGACCAAUACAUCAAGCCUGGACAGGACGGCAUCGGCCACGAGUCUACCGCCGCUUCGCUGCGCAGCUGGUCCCACUUCUCUACGCCGCGCUCUAGUUUUGUUAUUUGCAUAG